AUGCAGUUAAUGUCCUAUAGUCCACAACAAGUGGAGUUAAUGUCCUACAGUCCACAACAAGUGGAGAUGAUGCCAUAUAGUCGUCAAUCAGAAUCUCCUGUUAUCCUUAAUAUAGAAGAUAAAAGAACAGGUCAAUACAGAAGAUCAUCGAUUUGCGGUUUCAGAUGUUGUCUUUUAUCAACCUUACUUUUUGGUUUCUUAGGUGCUCUUAUAGCAGCUGCUAUAAUUCUUCCAGUGCUAUCUGUUGUUCUUACAAGUUUGUUAAAUAAAUUAAAAAUAAAUAAAUAA